GCUAUGAUGAAUGUAAGUCUCAAAGGGCUAGAUCUAAUUCAAGCGCUCUGGGAGCUUUUUUAUGUGAAAAUUAAGAAUGACUCUAUUAUCUAUCAUCUCAUUUCCAGCAAAUAUAUAUUUGUUUAUUUUAUUUUUUCUUGGGGUAGCAAUUGGAACUUGCUGUGAAGAGUGGAAUUUUGGUUUUCUGGUGUAGGUCAAUGUUUUGGCCAGCUGUGUGUUUUUCCAUCUUUUUUUUCUUCCGUUUUUCAUGUGAUCCUUGUGUCGGUUAAAUCCAAUGCAUGCAGCUCUGUUUUCAUGUUCGUGAGGGUGCUGAUGUGUUGUAUCAUGUGAUGUCAUUAUCAUUAAUUGCUUUUAUUGGUGUCUUUUAUUGCUGCUAUAUGUGCAGAUUUUGCUGGUGUAGAUAACGAGUGUAGAUUCAGCAACUUGUUAUCAUUGCCAAUAUUCUAAGCAUGUUUCUCAAAUUCACAUCAGCAAGCAGUUUGUGAUGAAGACUGAAUAAGAGAUUCAUUUUUUCUAUGAAGUCACUUAAAUCAUGGAGGUGUCCCAUGAGAAAAAUGAGUGUCUCGCCUAAUGGGAAAAUCAAGUUUGAAGAUGAAACGGCUGCCUUUUAUGGCAGUUGUUUGUACAGUAUUGUUGUUUGUUGUUUAUAGGACUAUAAAGUAUCAAUAUUACCAAGAAGAGAUAGACAAACAGUGGAGUAUUUGGGGAGAAGAAAAGGCUUAUCCUGAAACUUCUGCAAAGCUGAAAAGCUUACCACGAGGCAUAAUACAUGCUACUUCUGAUUUUGAGUUAAGGCCUUUAUGGUUGCCAAGUAGUUCUAGGUCAAAGGCUAGUGUUUACACCAAUCGUAACUUGCUGGCUGUUCCAGUUGGUAUUACACAAAAGCAUAAUGUAGAUGCCAUGGUGCAAAAGUUUCUUCCAGAAAAUUUUACGAUUAUUUUAUUCCAUUAUGAUGCCAAUGUGGAUGGAUGGUGGGAUCUUAAUUGGAGUAGCAAGGCCAUACACAUAGCUGCUCGAAACCAAACAAAGUGGUGGUUUGCAAAAAGAUUUCUACAUCCAGAUAUAGUUUCUACUUAUGAUUAUAUCUUUCUCUGGGAUGAGGAUUUAGGGGUGGAGCAUUUUUCUCCAUCAAGAUACAUUGAAAUUGUGAAGGAAGAAGGAUUGGAGAUAUCUCAACCAGCUCUUGACCCAAAUUCGACAGAGAUACAUCAUAGAAUUACAGUUAGAGCUAGGACCAAAAAAGUUCAUAGAAGAGUCUAUGAACUCAGAGGCAAAACUAGGUGUUCAGAUGCAAGUAAAGGGCCUCCGUGCACUGGGUUUGUGGAAGGUAUGGCCCCUGUUUUCUCUCGAUCUGCCUGGUAUUGUACUUGGCAUCUUAUACAGAAUGACCUUGUCCAUGGAUGGGGAGUGGAUAUGAAAAUAGGAUAUUGUGCUCAGGGAGAUCGCACUCAAAAUGUGGGAGUUGUUGAUAGUGAAUAUGUUGUUCACAAGGGAAUACAAACUCUGGGUGGUAGCACUCAUGAUACAACUAGAGUUUCAAAUCGUAAAAGGAGAACUGUGAGACACGGUGCAGCGGCCUUUGAUCAGCGAAUUGAGAUACGAAGGCAAUCAACAUGGGAACUUCAAGUUUUUAAAGAGCGCUGGAAUCAAGCUAUUGCUGAGGACAGAAACUGGGUUGAUCCGUUUAAGAGUGAUCAACGACGAAUGAGACAAAGGAGGAAUAGCCAACGGUUCUUUUAGCAGUUAUUUAACUAACCUGGUUUGAUAUUUUAGCCCAUCUCCAUUCAUAGGGCUUUAGUUUUAUUUGUAGGCAUAAUUUAGUUUUUUUAGCUGAAUGAAUUCUCAAUUCGUUCAAUUUUGGAUGCUCAUAUUUCCUUAUAUUCUUUUGUUCUUUCCAUUCAUGUCAAAUACUUUCCUGUCUCUCUUUUUUUUUAUACGUGUCCUUCAUAUUUCUUAUUUUGAUGUAAUUAUCAUAUAUGCAGCCUUGGAUUUUAUCAUUAAUGAAGAAGCUUCCAUCUUCU